UACAGCAUCCUCGGCACGCUGGGCGAAGGCGGGUUCGGACGCGUCUUCGCGGCGCGCAGGAACAUCAACCAGGUCGUCGCCGUCAAGGUGACGCACAAAUGGAAGCACUACAGGAAGGGUCAGGGCGACAGAGCGAGUCUGCUCAGGGAACGUGACUGCAUGGCGCUCGCGGCGUUGAACAACGUUCCGUUCUGGGCGAAGCUGCUCGCUUCAUGGGAGGACGCCCACAACGUUUACUUUGUUAUGGUGAGUGACGAGCGACGACGCUCUCGACCCCUCUCUGGGUCUCCCGAAUAUUUACGUCGCUCACAGGUGCUCGCCGUGAGCUAUCUCGAGAAGCACGAGAUCAUCCAUUCCGACAUCAAGCCCGAAAACUUCCUCGUCACGUCCCGCGAAGACCACCUCGUGCUGACGGACUUUGGCGUCGCGGACCGUCGCCCCUCAGCUUCCGACGUUCCGUUCGACGAAUGGUACCUGGGCGGGCGGGCGGGAACCACGACGUACAUGUCUCCAGAGACGUUGCUCCUAGAAGAGACUUACCACAGGUCGGACAUAUACUCGCUCGGCCUGGUCUUCCUGCAAGUGUUCCUGGGCUGG